AUGAUACAGCUCACUCCAGAACAGCAAGCUCGUGUAAAGGAUGCUACUCGUCAAAUCUUACCUGAUUGCGUUUCCUUCCUGCAGCAGCUAGUUCGCAUUGACACUACCAAUCCGCCCGGCACGAACUAUCCCGAGUGCGCUCACCUUUUCGGCGAUACUAUUGCUGGAUUGGGCUACGACGUCGAGUACUACGAGGUUCCAACCGAUCGGCUUCCGAUCUUGGCUCCCGGAGGCCAGGGCUUACCUCGAGUCAACGUGCUUGGAAGGCAGGAGUUCGGCGGUGGCAACGUUAAGGUGCUGCACUUCAACGGUCACUACGAUGUCGCUCCCGCUGCGGAUCCGUCGGCUUGGACAACACCCCCAUUCGAUGCUGGGGUCACCGGCGAAGGAAACGAUAGGCGGCUGGUCGGCAGAGGUGCGAGCGAUAUGAAAGGCGGCAUUGCGGCGCAGGUCUUCGCUAUAGAGGCACUCAAGCGGGCCGGCUUGACGUUGAAGGGUACGGUCGAGCACUCUGCGGUCGUCGACGAGGAGACGACUGGGAACCGGAAUGCCGGCUUAGGCUAUCUCGUCGAGCUGGGGGUAAUCUCGAAUCAGAAGCAGACCGCUGUCGUUAUCACUGAGCCGCUCAACACGACCAAUGUCUGUCUCGGACACCGCGGCGCCGUAUGGGGCCGCUUCACUUUCCACGGCGUCGAGGCGCACAGCAGCACCCCUCAGCGCGGGAAGAAUGCGCUCGUCAUGGCUGCGCGGUUCAUCGCCAAGGCUGACGAGGUCAUCGGUGAGCUUCUGAAGGAUAGGAUCGAUCCGAACGUGAUACCUCCGGAGGCCCAAGCCGCUUCGUUGGCCUUCACCAUCUUCGACUGUGGGAGUGCGACGAAUGUCAUCCCCGCUCGUGCAACUGUCACCUUCGACCGACGCCUCAUCCCAUCGGAGUCAUUGGAUGCGGCGAGACAAGAGCUGUACGAUGUAUUGAAUGGCAUGUUUGAGGCCGACGAGUGGGACUACGAGGAGACGUACGCGACCGACGCGAUCUGGGUCGCGGAUGACACGGAGAUUGUCAAUAUGUGGAAACAGGCGGUCAAGGACGCGACUGGUGUCAACGCUGGGAUCGUAUCCUCCCCUGGAACCGAUGAUCAGCGCUUUGUCGUGCGCAACGCGAACUUGGAACAAUGCAUCGUAUACGGUCCAGGCAAUAUACGCAACGUGCAUAAUGUGAACGAGUCAAUUCUUCUUGAAGACUUGAGAACAGGGAUGGAGGUGAUGGCCUUGGGCGCGGCGAUGUAUCUUGGCUUUGAGGAUUCUCAGGUAGCGCAAUAG